GUAUUCUCAGUAGAUGCUGAUAGUUGAAAUGAGGCUGGCUUCCAGAGAGAGCGACAAAAAAUGCAAAAAGCUGUGGAAGAAAGCCGGAUAAGGGAGGCGCAAAGAAGCGAUCUGAGCUGCACACUGCGGACCGCGGCGGAGCGGCAGGUGAGAAGUUUUAGAGCAGGAGGAGGACCUCAAAAUAAGUGGUCUAUUGCACCUUCUUAGACAUGGAUGUUAAUAGGAAAAUGGGCUCCUUUAGACAAAGAGGCUCAGUAAUUUGUGAUAAAGUCAACAACUGCUUUGGAAAAGAGAGAUAAAUACAUAUUUUGAGGAUCAACUGGACAGCCAGCAUGGGUAGAAAAGGCAACACAUCAACUGCAGAUGAAAGUUGCCCCAGUCCUAAAUGUCAGAUUUCCUGAGACUGUAGUCGUGGCUGGACUGAAAUAAAAUGAGGUUUCUCUUCUAUCACCUGGUUCUGCUGGUGUUGCCCUGUGCCAGCUCAGCUUAUGGGCCCAAUCAAAGAGCUCAGAAGAAAGGAGACAUUAUACUAGGAGGACUGUUUCCAAUUCAUUUUGGAGUUGCUGCCAAAGACCAAGACUUGUCAUCAAGACCAGAGUCAACAGAGUGUGUAAGAUAUAACUUCCGUGGGUUUCGCUGGCUACAGGCAAUGAUAUUUGCAAUUGAAGAAAUAAAUAACAGUAGCACCCUCUUGCCCAACAUCACACUAGGAUACAGAAUAUUUGACACCUGCAAUACUGUGUCUAAAGCACUUGAGGCCACGCUGAGUUUUGUGGCUCAAAACAAGAUUGACUCUCUGAACCUGGAUGAGUUCUGUAACUGCUCUGAUCAUAUCCCAUCCACCAUUGCAGUGGUGGGGGCGACUGGAUCAGGAAUUUCUACUGCUGUGGCUAAUUUGCUGGGACUGUUUUACAUACCACAGGUUAGCUAUGCAUCCUCAAGUCGGCUUCUCAGCAACAAGAACCAAUACAAAUCAUUUCUUCGGACCAUACCCACUGAUGAGUAUCAGGCAACAGCCAUGGCAGACAUCAUGGAUCACUUUCACUGGAACUGGGUGAUCACUGUGGCAGCUGAUGAUGAUUAUGGUCGCCCAGGCAUUGAAAAGUUUGAGCAAGAAGUUCAGGAAAGGGAUAUCUGCAUCGACUUCAGCAUCCUCAUCUCCCAGUAUUCUGAUGAGAAGUACAUACAGGAGACAGUAGACCGCAUUAAGAACUCCUCAGCCAAAGUGAUCGCAGUAUUCUCCAGUGGCCCAGACCUGGAGCCAUUAAUCAAGGAAAUUGUAAGGCGUAACAUCACUGACCGAAUCUGGCUUGCAAGUGAAGCAUGGGCAAGUUCUUCCCUCAUUGCCAAACAAGAGUUCUUCCAUGUGGUAGGGGGAACAAUUGGAUUUGCACUACGGGCUGGCCAAAUCCCUGGCUUCCGACAGUUCUUACAGCAGGUGAAUCCAAAAAAAUCACCACACAAUGGAUUUGUACGAGAGUUUUGGGAAGAGACGUUCAGCUGUUAUUUGCGUGACAGUUCAGAUUAUAAGACCGCAGGGCUGAUGAAUCGGCGUAACAGUGAAGUCCCUCAGAGUGGGAAUGCGAGUGCAGGUUUUCGUGCACCCUGCACUGGAGAAGAGAAUAUUACCAGUGUGGAGACUCCAUAUCUUGACUACACUCAUUUACGCAUCUCCUACAACGUGUACGUGGCUGUCUACUCUAUUGCCCAUGCUCUGCAGGAUAUCCUCACGUGCACCCCUGGGAAGGGCCUCUUUAUCAAUGGCUCAUGUGCAGACAUUAAGAAAGUGGAAGCUUGGCAGGUGCUAAAACAGUUGAGACACUUGAACUUCACCAACAACAUGGGAGAGCAAGUAGACUUUGAUGAGAGUGGAGAUCUGCUUGGAAACUACACCAUUAUUAACUGGCACCGCAACCCAGAGGACGGGUCCGUCAUGUUCGAAGAAGUGGGGCACUACAACAUGAAUGCCAAAAGUGGGGAGAGGCUGUACAUCGAUGAGAGCAAAAUACUUUGGAAUGGAUUCCUCAGAGAGGUGCCAUUUUCAAACUGUUCAAAGGACUGCGAUCUUGGUACCAGGAAGGGAAUCAUUGAAGGGGAACCCACUUGCUGCUUUGAAUGUGUGGCCUGUCCCGAUGGCGAAUACACUGAUGAAAGAGAUGCUAGUGAAUGUAUCAAGUGUAGUGAAGACUCCUGGUCCAAUGAGAACCACACAUCGUGCAUUCUGAAGCAAAUUGAGUUUCUUUCCUGGACAGAGCCCUUUGGAAUAGCUCUGACACUUUUUGCUGCACUGGGGAUUUUUCUAACAUCAUUUGUGUUGGGGGUCUUUGUGAAGUUCCGGAAUACUCCUAUAGUCAAGGCCACUAAUAGGGAGCUAUCAUACCUCCUGCUUUUUUCCCUUAUCUGCUGCUUCUCCAGCUCCCUCAUCUUUAUAGGAGAACCCCAAGACUGGACCUGCCAACUACGGCAACCUGCUUUUGGUAUCAGCUUUGUACUGUGUAUAUCCUGCAUUCUGGUAAAGACCAACAGAGUCCUACUGGUUUUUGAAGCCAAAAUUCCCACAAGCCUUCACCGAAAAUGGUGGGGUCUUAACCUACAGUUUCUUCUUGUAUUUCUAUGCACAUUUGUGCAGAUAAUGACAUGUGGGAUAUGGCUAUACAACUCCCCUCCCAAAAGCUACCGUAACCAUGAGAUGGAUGACGAGAUUAUAUUUGUUACCUGUAAUGAAGGCUCUCUGAUGGCCCUAGGAUUCUUGAUUGGCUACACCUGCCUCCUGGCUGCAAUUUGUUUCUUCUUUGCUUUCAAGUCCCGCAAGCUGCCAGAGAACUUUAAUGAAGCCAAGUUUAUCACAUUCAGUAUGCUUAUCUUUUUUAUUGUCUGGAUCUCUUUCAUCCCUGCUUAUGUAAGUACCCACGGAAAGUUUGUGUCUGCUGUAGAGGUCAUUGCUAUUUUGGCCUCUAGCUUUGGCUUGCUAGCUUGCAUCUUCUUCAACAAGAUCUACAUUAUCCUGUUCAAACCUUCCCGCAACACCAUUGAAGAGGUGAGAUGUAGCACAGCUGCUCACGCGUUUAAAGUGGCAGCCCGGGCCACUUUGAGGAGGAGUACUGUCUCGCAGAAGAGAUCCAAUAGCAUCGACAGCUCCUCUGUAUCCACACCCAACUCAUCUAUCUGUAGCAAGACCAACAGUGAAGAACAGUCGCCCCCUGGUGGGAGACAAAGGGAGUGUAAACAAAAGGUGAGCUUCGGCAGUGGAACUGUCACCUUGUCACUCAGCUUCGAAGAGGCCAAGCGAAAUUCCACAGGCUGCAAAAACAUGAAAAGGAGAAACUCCCUGGAAGCUAAAGCCAGCGAUGACAGUCUCAUGCGGCAAAAAGCACUACUUCCUCUACAGAACAGUGAGGCGGGGAGCGAAAUCAGCUUCAGAACAGCCAGCAUUAGCCCCUCGCAGGAAUCAGUCAGUGAAACUUGCAAUUCCAUGGAUACAGCUCCUUUCUCCUCAGGGAAUUCCAUCUACCCUUCUAGCAAUGCUGUUCCAGAGACAUCCAACACCUCUUAAUGGAAUGAGAACGAUUGACGGUUGUUCAUCUGAGCUUUGUCUUUGGUAUGAAUUGGCUUCGGCCAAGUGAAGGGACUGGCUAUAAAACCAAGGGGAGCCGUCAGUGUGAGAACUGUUUAGAAAAUCAAUACGCACUGAUUUAGAGACUCACUUGUUACUUUUAUACUCAAAGGAGUUCAAAUAAAUGUCAUCUGUACCUUGUGACUAAAGUUUUAGGCUGUUGUACAAUUAAGUUUAAACUUGUUUCUGUGGACAAAGCAUAUUUUGGUGUGCAGGCCCCAUUCUAAUCUAAGAUAAAUGUGUAAAGCAGUAAUAAACUCAGCAACCACUGGUAUUCAGCACUUUGUAAUUAACCUUGUUGUUUGGAGUCGGCGAUUUCCGGGAACAUGUUUUUGGACUGGCACACCUGCCCCCUGGGUCAUUCUUUACUAGUCUGAAAUCACCAGCCAGCAUGUGAAACAACACCAAGCAAGCUUUCAGUUUAACAUUUAUUACAGAGUCACAUUCGGUCUUUUUUUUUUUUUUUUUUUUUUUAACAAGAGAAGAUUGACGCCCAUUUCCGAGGAGUUCAGAAACUGGAAGCCAGUGCUUAACUAAUAUUGCACAUGGAAAUCCAACUUUAAGAUAAAAAAAAAUCAAUCAUUUAAAUUUGUUGGCAACUUUAUUGAUGUUUAGGAUUCCAGAUUGCUGUGCUGUGUGUUCCUGGCUAUUUGUAUGUUUGUUCCCACUGCCUAAAGGCCCACUAAUUUAGAGCUUUACUGUUUUGUAGCUUAAUAUACCCUUGUAAAUGUUGCAACUGCAGAAUGUACUUUCUUGUUAUGCCAAGUAUCAUCCCAGAAUGUUUUCUGGGGUAAACAAUGGGUGAUCUUAGAAGAGUCUUUUAAAUGGUCCGAUAUGCGAGAUCAAAUUUCACUCUUUAAAGAUGAAAACCAAACACCUUAUGUUAUGUUUGCAGAGACUAUCAUUGUGUAAAUUUAACCAAAUAUAUCCUAUUUAUAAUAAAUACAAAGGAAUUGUGGGACAGAGAAAAGUGUUAAACAUAUUAUAAAAACGGAUCAGAAAAGAAUACUCCAUAUAUCUAAAACAAAUUGCCCUAAACGGGAUGAAGUGGGAGCGAUAAUGGAUGUUAAGCGGAGGUAACCAUUAGUGUCAUGCCAAUAGACAAUCUAGAUUACAGUACUGUCUAUCACAAAAUACUUUAUCUUGGCCAGGUCUAAAAUGAUUAUCUUAUGGACCCUGAAGCAGAUAAAACAGUAUAAUAGCAAGUAAAUGGUAAAAUAAACAAUAAAACCCUAGAACAGCAAACAACUCCAACCUGUAGAAAAAAAAAAAUCAUACAGUUACAAUGUAUUCUUCUUUUAUCAAACACUUACUAAAUUAGGCUAAUAUUAUUCCAUACGAACACUGUGCAAAGUAAAAAUCUUUUGAUCAGUGAGUCCAUCUUCCUGGCUGACCAGACAAUUUUCAUCAUACAUCAAAGCAGUGCAAACACUGUGCAGCCUUGUCUAGAUCAGGACACUGGCAAGCAGUUGCCCGUAGUGGGGAGCGCUUUGCACUGCUCAGUGUUUACUGGUUUGGAUGUGGAUAAUGCAACUGCCUUUUGAUACGUAUGCUUCUCUGUUGUCAUUCUUUUAUAUAUUAGCACAAGUUCAAAUUGUGAUUAGGUGGAU